AUGGGCGCGGAGGUGGGGGAGGGCAAGAAUCCGGCGGAGGAGGGAACGAAUCUAGCAGACAAGGAGGUGCACAAGAAUUCUUCAGAGCAAGAGGACAGGAAUCCGGCGGGACAGGACAAAAACAAUGACAAAAGAAGUGAACUUGUGCAAGUCAAGAAAGAGCAGCAGUUGGGUAGUUCCCACCUGACCCAGUUGCCUGUUCACAUAGAGGAGCCAGCAAACGCGGGUGUCAGUGCAAUGCUCGACAAGGAACAAAUCCGUCAGCUCACUAUUGCAAAGGAAGACAUGCGAGAGGAGCCAGCAAGCGAGGGUGUUGCAGAGGGAGAGACUGCCUCGAAAAAGCUACCGUUGAGGAAAAACAAGGACAAGAGAAGUGAACUUGUGCAAGUCAAGAAAGAGAAGCAGUUGGGUAGUUCCCACAAGACCCAGUUGCCUGUUGUAGCAGAGGAGCCAAAGGAAGACGUGAGAGAGGAGCUCAACAAGGAAAAACUCCAUCUGUUGGAUGUUGCAGAGGAAGAGGUUGCCCCGGAAUGGCAUGCCUCCUACUCUGUUCGCUUACGCAAACAUCAUCUUCGACGCAUAUACAAGGGCUCAGUUCUCCUCGACGCCGAAGUGAACCGCCUCCUCCUCUACGACAUUGAUGAAAGUUUCAUUGAUGAAUAUUACCUCAAGGAAGGAGAAAUGAUCUAUCCAGGAGCAACUUUUAGUUGUCCUUGCCACAAGGUUGAGAUUGGUGAGCGCGUUUUUCAAUCCAAAGAAGAUAUACCUUUGCCGACCAACAAUGCAACAAGAACAAAGGAAGAGAGGAGAGAUGAGAAGAAUAGGAAGAGGUUGAAGAGGAAGAGACCUGAUGAUAAUUUGGAGAGAACUAGUAACUUAAAGAAAGUAAAUAAGAAAAUGAUGAUAUCACCUCAAGCAAAAUUGUUGAGAUCUUCAAUAGGCAGGUUUGCAAGAGUGGCGUCGCUAAGGAAGGGAAUGUCCCCUCAAGCACAACAGAGGAAAUUAGAAUCACCUUCAGUACCAAACGUUACUGUACAUUUCCCAUCUCCAAAUCUUCCUCGUGCUAAGGCUAACUCCAGCCGGUUUCGACCACGGAAACUGAAGUCCCGUAUCUGGAAAGAAUUCAUUCCUAUAUAUGAAGAUGGAAAACUUGCGGAAGGUCAGUGCAAACAUUGCAAUGAAGUCUUUCCUGCCUCGAAGGCUUCUGGAACUAACCACAUCCAUAGACAUCUACAGAAAUGUUUGACGAGAAGUAGCAUGCACGAGAUGGUUGCAAAAUUGCGUGCCACUACAUCAUCGCCCCAUGUCUCUUUGGUGGAUGAUUGGAAUUUCAGCCAAAAGGAGUCUAGGAGAGCCCUCUCUAACAUGAUAGUUCAGCAUGGACUACCAUUCUCCAUUGUAGAGUAUAGUGGUUUCAUAAAGUUUGUCAAGUGCCUCAACCCAAUGUUCAAAAUGGUUUCAAGAACAACAAUAAAAGAGGAUUGCCUAGAUUCAUACAAAGAGCAAAGAGCGUUGCUACGAGAUGUCUUGAAGAACUGUGGUGCUCGAGUUUCAUUAACUGCCGAUAUGUGGACUUCUAAUCAGAGGUUGGGAUUCCUUUGUGUCACUUAUCAUUUCAUUGACAACACUUGGAAGAUGCAAAAAAGAAUACUCAGAUUUUGUAUGAUGGAAACGCCGCAUAAUGGUUUCCGGAUGUAUAAUGCCAUGUUAAAGAGUUUGCAGUACUGGAAUAUUGAAGAUAAAAUAUGCAGUAUUACACUAGAUAAUGCAUCAGUCAAUGGAAAAAUGAUGGAGCAUCUGAAAGAAAACUUGACGAAGAAACAAAUGCUGAUUUGUGGAGGUGAACUGUUUCAUGUCCGUUGUGGUGCACAUGUAUUGAAUCUUAUUGUGCAAGAUGGUCUGUCUGUAAUGAAAGGUUCCAUCGACAAUAUCAGAGAUAGUGUGAAGUAUGUCAAGAGUUCGCAAUCACGAGAAGAAUUAUUUGAAGAUAUAGUUCAGCAACUCGGCAUCAUCUGUGAGAAGGAACCUUCACUUGACAUUGUCACACGAUGGAACUCGACAUACCUUAUGAUCGAUUCAGCUUUGCCAUACAAGGAAGCAUUUUAUGAGUUAGUGGAACAAGAUCGACAAUUUAAGUAUGCUCCUUCCGCUGAUGACUGGAAAAUGGCCGAAGCGAUUCGCUCUCUCCUGAAGGUCUUCUUUGAAGCUACGAAAGUAGUUUCGGGCUGUAGCUAUCCAACGUCAAACCGAUACUUCCAUGAAAUGUGGGGUAUUAAGUUACUGUUGGAAAAACAUGCAAAUAAUAAAGAGAAAGUAAUUGCAUCAAUGGUGAGUGAGAUGCAAAAAAAGUUUAACAAGUACUGGAAGGAGUCGUACUUAGCGAACUGCAUACCAGUGAUCCUUGAUCCAAGAUACAAAUUUGAGUUUGUUAAAUUUCGCAUCAGACAAGCAUUUGGAGAUAAUGCAGCAGAGCACCUUGAAAAGGUGGACAUGACUAUGAAGAGUCUAUUUAAAGAUUACUCCCUGGGAGAGUCUUUUGUCGAUCCUUCAGAAGAAGUUGAUGUUGAUGAGGUUGCAGAGAUUGAUAAUCCACUAGCUGAUUGGGAAGCUCAUCUGAGAGUUCAGAAGAAGCAAGCAACAAAUGAGCUUGAUAGGUACUUGAGUGAAGAUUUAUACCCCCAAGAAAAAGAUUUUGACAUAUUGGGUUGGUGGAAAUUACACAGUCCUAAGUACCCAGUUCUAUCUUGCAUUGCUCGUGAUGUGCUUGCUAUUCAAGCAUCAACGGUGGCAUCAGAGUCGUCUUUUAGUGCUGGUGGGAGAACAAUUAGUGAUCAGAGGAACAGGCUAAAGAGUGACACGGUCGAGGCGCUGAUAUGCCUCCAAGAUUGGCUAAAGGCUGAUGAUCCUAAAACAACCAAUAAAGAUGUUGAGGAGGAAGAAUACUUGGUUUUCUACCAAGAAAGCGAGUGUCAUGAAGAAACUGAACCAACAGAUAAUUAGCUUGUGGAAUCAAACAGGU